AUGUUUUAUGUACCUCAAAACAUUUCAAAAAUAUCCAUCAGAAUUAAUAAAUAUAAAAUAAAUUACAUAACAACAUGUAGAAGUUAUAAUAAGAUAUAUUGUUUAAUACAUACAUUAAAAAAUAGUUCUAAAAGAAAUAUAAACAACAUAAGAAAAGUAGAUACUUUUACAGAUUCAGAAAUAGAUGAUGACCAUGUUAAGUUGUUGAAAUCUGUUUUAAGGCUUGAAAAAGAUUUUCUUUAUAUUUUAAAUGAGAAAAAAAAUAAAGAGUGUGCUAUAAAUCUUAAUAAUAAUAUCAUAAAUUAUGAUGAUAGUAUAAAAUAUAAUCAUAUUGAUUAUCUUAAUAAUAAUGAUGAUGUUACUAUGUCAUCUUCAAAUUAUUCUUUCAAUUUAAGUGAUAAAAAAAUUGGUUCCUCUUUUGAUGAUAAUAUAAAUUUCAAUGUAUUAUUAGAAAGAAAUAUUUUAAAUGUUCAUAAGAAAAAACAAAAUGAUGAUCAUACAUUUACUAUUAAGAAAUAUAUCCCUCAUUCAGUUUAUAAUAAUGAAAAGAACAUAAUAAAUAAUAAAGAUAUAUUAUAUAAUAAUAGGAUAAAGAAAUUAAUAUAUAAAAAAUGUAAUAAUAUAAUGAAUAUAUUAUUGAAUAAAUCAUAUUUUACAUUAUUAUUAUCAUGUGUUGAUAAAAUAAGAAAUAAAGAUAUUUUUAAUAUUUAUUUGUUUAAAUGUUUAUAUCUUAAUAUUGAAUGGUUACAUAUAUUAAAUUAUAAUAUGGUAGUAUCACUCUUUUUUAAUUUGUCUACAUUAUAUUGUGAAGAAGAAAAAAAUAUAAACAAAUAUAACAAUACAUAUAAUAAAUAUCACAUGUAUUAUUUAUUAAUAUAUAACUCUUUAUUUAUAGAAAACAUAUGUAAUGUUUAUAAAAAUUUAUUACAAGCUAUUAUUCCACUUCUUAUGAGAUAUAAUAAAAAAAUGGAGAGUACACUUUAUUUUAAUGAUAUAAUAAAAAUAACAAUCAUGUUUUUUAAAAUACAUAGACAAAAUCCUAUUCUUAUUACUCAGACUGAUGUAGAGCAUUUUAUUAUAUACAACAAAAUAUCUUUAAUUAUCUAUAAAAUGAAUAGAGAAUAUAAAAAUUGCAAAUAUUAUAAUAUAAAUCAUGAGACGAAUGAGGUUAAAAAAAAAUAUAUGUGUGGUAGAAAAAAAAAAAAUAAAUAUUUAUAUGAAAAUAAUAAUAAUAAUAUUAAUUGUUAUGAUAAUAUACAUAUGAAUCAUACGAAUAAAUUAGUUCAUACAAAUGAAGUAGUUCAUACAAAUGAAGUAGUUCAUACAAAUAAAUUAGUUCAUACAAAUGAAGUAGUUCAUACAAAUGAAGUAGUUCAUACAAAUAUAUCAAACAAAUGUAUAAUAAAUGAAAAUAUUGUUACAAAAUAUUUUUCUUCUAUUGAUGAAAAAACGAAGGACUUGUCAUUUUAUAUAUUUGCAGAUAUGACUACAUUAUUACAUGAAAUAAUAUUGUUUUAUAAAAAUAUAUCAACAAAUAAUAUAAAAAUAAAUUAUGAAUAUAUAGAUGAUACAUGGAAUAAUAUAAUAACCAAUAUAAUAAUAUAUAUAAAAAAUAAUAUACAUAAUGAAAUAAAAAAUAAAGAAAAAUAUUUACAAUCAAUAAUAUCUUUAUUAUAUAGUUUGACAGUACUGAAUUGUAAUAAAAUAUAUGAAAACGUAAUUUAUAUAUUUGAAAGAUGUAUAGAAAUUAUUCAUUACCUUUUUAAUCAUAACAUGAAGAAAAUUAAUAUAAUGAGUUAUGAGGAAUUAAAAAAUAAUUUUAAUAUUUCACAUAAUAAUGUAUAUAAUAAUAAUAAUAUGGAAUAUAAAAAUGUAGACUUAAAAAAUAAAAAAGGUAUUAACGAAAAAGACAAUAUAUAUAACUUGUUUAAUACAAAUAUAAAAUUUAAAUGUAAUCAAAAUAUAGUAAAUCAUUAUAUUAAUAAAAUGGAUCCACUCCUUUAUAAUAGUUUUUCAUUUAUUUUUGUUCCUGAUUUGUUAUAUACACAAGAAACAUGCACAGAUUUAUUUAAAUUAGAUGAGCUAACAAAGUUAUUAUAUGUACUUUCAUAUUAUAAAAAGGAAAAAAAUAAAAAUAAAAAUAAAAAUAACAAUAUUAUUGAAGAAAUAUAUAAUAUUAAAGAUAUUAUUAUUUCCUUAUUACCUUAUGUCAAUACUAUAAUUGAAGAAGAAAUAUUCAAAUUGUUUGAUAAUAAUAAUAUAUAUAGCAAUAGAAAAAAUAUAUACACAUCUAAUCUACAUAUAUAUAAUCAUAUAGAUCCUUUUGAUUAUAAGAAUAAAUAUAGCAUAUACAAAAAUAAAAAUAAUAAGUAUGAAAAAAAUACUUGUUCUAAAUUAUCUUCUUAUAACAAGUAUAUUAAUACAUGUAAUGAUAAUACACAUAUGAUACAAUCCUCUAUUUAUUGUAUUGAAAAAAAUAUAAGUCAUUUAUUAAAUAUUUAUUAUGAACAUAAAAUUAUAGAUAUUAAAAUAUUCUAUAUCUUAACCUUCUUAUUAGCUGCGCCAAAAAAAAAAUAUAUGGAUCUAAUUAUUUUUAGUAAUAUAAUAAAUGCUUUAUCUAAAAUGUGUUAUACAUAUGAAAUGUAUGUCCUCCUUUUUUAUUAUGUUAAUUAUGUGUAUUCAAUAAGAAUAAGUGAGCAUAUAUUAAGUCAGUAUUUUUUUGACAAACGAUUGGUAUUAAAUACUGUUCAAGAUGAAGAGAAAGAAAAGAAAAUAGAAAAAUAUCAAGAGAAUGAAAAGAAAACAGAAAAAUAUCAAGAGAAUGAAAAGAAAACAGAAAAAUAUCAAGAGAAUGAAAAGAAAACAGAAAAAUAUCAAGAGAAUGAAAAGAAAAUAGAAAAAUAUCAAGAGAAUGAUAAAAAAACAGAAAAAUAUGAAAAGAAUGAUAAAAAAACAGAAAAAUAUCAAGGGAAUGAUAAAAAAACAGAAAAAUAUCAAGAGAAUGAUAAAAAAACAGAAAAAUAUGAAAAGAAUGAUAAAAAAACUUUGGACGUAAAAGAUCUAGAAAUAUCUUCUUAUAUUAAAACGAAUGAUAUCAUACUAUCCAACAUAAUAAUAGAUAAGAAAGAAAAAAAAAAAAAAAGUGAUGCCAAGCAAAUACUUCCUUUUUAUAUAUGGAGAUUCUUUUUAAAAAAUAUACAAUUUAAUGUGAAGGAUGAAAAUGUAUUAAAUACUUUACUUCCAGUUAAUAUAAUUAAAAUAAUCAAUGGAUUAAUUUUUUAUAAAAUAAUGGAUAAAAAAUUUAUAGAAAUAAUUAUGACUAGAAUUGAAAAUGAAUAUUCAUCAAAGGGAUACCACAUAAAUACCACAAGGAAUAGAAAUAAUAAAUAUAAUAAUAAUAAUAAUAAUAAUUAUAGCGAGUUAACUCAUAAGAUACAUGUAGAUAACAAAUCCAUUGAAAUAAAAAAAAAAAAUAAUAAAAAUAUGUGUAAAACUAUUAGCAGUAGUGAUAAAUAUUCUGUUAAGAAAGAAAAAGAAAAGUUUAAUUUUAUUUGUCUUAAUACACUCUUGAAUUAUAUGAGUCAUACAAAUGAUAUACAAUAUUAUAAUUUAAAAAUCGGUUUAAUCAAGAUGAUAAAAAAUAUUAUAUUUAAAGAAGAAAAAAAUAUAAAUGUUAGAUUAUUAUGUAGUAUAUUUAUAAGUUAUUCAAGAUUGAAUAUAUAUGAUAGGAUAUUAUUUUAUGAUAUUUAUAAAAAAUUAGAAACACAAAAAUUAUGCUUUGGAAAUAUAUUAAGUAUUCUUACAUAUAUGAAUAAAACUUCAAUAUAUGAUAAACAUAUUUUAAAUAAAUGUUGUAUAGAUAUAUUUAAAAAAAUAAAUGAUACAAAUAAAAUACAAAAUAUUGAAUUAUCUCAAUAUAUUCAUUUUUUAUUUAUAUUAACAUCUAUAUCUCAAUUAUAUUUAUUUAAUAAAUUUCAUAUUGUUUUAUCAUAUAUAUUUAAGAUCCUUUAUUGUAUUAACAAAUAUAUAAAUAAUCAGCUACUGAUAAUAAAAAAAAAUAAUAAUAAUAAUAAUAAAAAUAAUAGUCAAUCUUUUCAAAAUGAUAAUAUAAAUAUUUCUCCAGUAAUAAAAUCAGUACCAAAUAACUUCAUUUCAAUGUUUGAUAUAAGUUUAAAUAUAUUUUAUCACUUUUUUUUAUUAACACCUUUAUAUAAUCAUAAGAAGGUAAUCGACUGUGUAAACAUAUUCCAUUUGAAUAUUCUUAAUUCUUUAUUAUCUUACAAAUAUAAUAAUAAAUAUCACGUAUCUCCAACACCCUCAGAUAUACAAAGAAGUGUAUUAAACAUAUUAAAUAAAAUACUUCUUCGAUAUAAAAAUAUAAAAGUUUUUUAUGAGUAUAAAAUGAAUAACAUGCCUUAUCAAAUAGACAUACUAAUAAUAAAAGGUGCUUAA